GCCCAUAAAAGGACGGUGCACAAACUCUCAACACGCCAAAGUAAUCUACUUCAGUUGGGCAAAUACUGACUGCUACUGCCCGGAGGCCCCAGCAAGUCCCUGGGAGGUGCCUUUUCUCUGACUGAUGCAGGACCCUCAAAAGUCCUCUCCUUGGGGCUCGAUGCUGUCCCGGAAGUGGGAACUCCACUGUCUUUAGGAAGAAGCAUUCCGCUGCUCCGGCGUGCUGGGCCACACUGUUCCGGGCUGUUUACCGAGACUGUGAACACCACUGACGGAUACAAAAAUGGACAAUUUCACAACAGCCUCCGCAGCUCCGCAGGGCAACGACUGUGACCUCUACGCACACCACCGCACCGCCGCGAUACUCAUGCCACUGCAUUAUGGCUCUGUCUUUGUCAUAGGGCUGGUGGGAAACGUGCUAGCCUUGGUUGUCAUCAUUCAAAAUAGGAAAAAAAUCAACUCUACCACCCUGUAUUCAACAAAUUUGGUGAUUUCUGAUAUACUUUUUACCACUGCUCUGCCUACACGGAUAGCCUACUACGCACUGGGCUUUGACUGGAGGGUCGGUGAGGCCUUGUGCAGGAUAACUGCCCUGGUGUUUUACAUCAACACCUACGCAGGUGUGAACUUCAUGACAUGCUUGAGCGUGGACCGGUUCUUUGCCGUGGUGCAUCCUCUGAGGUACAACAAGAUGAAGAGAAUUGAGCACGCGAAAUGCGUCUGCAUUUGUGUCUGGAUUCUAGUAUUUGCUCAAACGCUCCCACUACUCAUAAAACCUAUGUCAAAGCAGGAGGAGGAAAGGACUACGUGCAUGGAAUAUCCAAACUUUGAAGAAACACAGUCUCUUCCCUGGAUUCUGCUUGGCGCGUGUUUCAUAGGAUAUGUGCUUCCUCUCCUGAUCAUUCUCUUCUGCUACUCUCAAAUUUGUUGCAAACUCUUUAAAACUGCCAAACAAAACCCACUAACCGAGAAAUCUGGCGUCAACAAAAAGGCUCUCAACACAAUUAUCUUAAUAAUUGUUGUGUUUGUUCUUUGUUUCACACCUUACCAUGUUGCGAUUAUUCAACACAUGAUUAAGAAGCUUCGUGUCCCUGAUCUCCUGGAAUGCAGCCAAAGACAUUCAUUCCAGAUCUCGCUGCACUUUACAGUAUGUCUGAUGAACUUUAAUUGCUGCAUGGACCCUUUUAUAUACUUCUUUGCGUGUAAAGGGUAUAAGAGGAAGGUCAUGAAGAUGCUGAAGCGUCAGGUCAGUGUAUCAAUUUCCAGCGCCGUGAGGUCAGCCCCGGAAGAGAACUCACGGGAGAUGACAGAAACGCAAACCAUGAUACAUUCCAAGUCUUUGAACGGAAAGUAAAAAGGAAUUAAAUCUUGGGUUUACAGCAAAGGAGACUGCAUGACAAACUUUGCUGGACUUUUCUUAUAAAGCAAAAUGAUUGUUCAACUUCCAACUAGGAUGUCUGUAAAUUCCUUUCAUUGGGCACGAGCUCCCACCUCCAACUUGGAAGAAUAUUAUUUUUAUAUUAUUAUUUUUUGCACUGAAGAAAAUAACAUGAUGCAAAGUUCUAGUCUGUAAAUGAAAUACUAAACCAAAAGGGAGGCUAUUUUAAUAACUCUCAGUGUAAAAAGUUUUAUAAAAAACUUUUAAAAUUUUUUAUAAAAAAUUAAAAAUUACAGCAUCAGUAUUUCCUGCCAAUAAUUUGGCAAAAGAAAAGGCUCUAAGAUUGUACAUUGCCCGUGUAAAAAUGUCGAUAUGGUAACAUGUUAUUUUUCUUUUUGGUAACAUAUUUCUUUAAUCCCUACCUCUUUCAAUCUUAGACUUUUAUCUUCUCGAUACCAUCAAGCGUUUUGUUUUGUUCUGUUCCGAGUCACAAUAUUUUGUUUCAAGGAAGUCUUUUGGAAUAAAAAGCAGGAUGCUACAAUAUUAAGAGUAUGUCUUUCAGUGUCUACUUACAGGGAGAAGAGAAUUAGCAAUAGCUAGAUUUGGAUGAUAAGGUUAUAAGCAAUGAUGGUGACCGAGGCAAUGAAAACACAGCUCUUUCCCAAGCAGCCAGCAGAGCAGUGCAGGGCCCAUCAGCCCGGCAUAGGAAAAGGACUUUAUGUGGGGGUAACCACUGGGAGGAGGGUCCACUUGCUGAAUUCUGCUUGGGAAUAAAAAAAAAACUUUGCAAACAUGCUUGGCUUUUCUUGGGUGUCUGGGGGAUUUCUUUUUUAUUCAUAGGUUGGUAGUACCCUGAUCUGCACUUCAGUGGUCUAGGUUACCAGAAAGAGCAAAGAGGAUAAGCGGCAGGAGGCACGGUUGCUGCUUGCCUAAAUAAGAUAGUGGGAAAAAUGUUAAAUUAUAAACUUAAAGGAGUUCCCAAGAUUCCCUGCAACAUUAUAACUUUGCUCACAUAAAUACCUUAGCAUGAAUAGUAUGAUCUUUGCAAAUACAGUCACGCUGUCAGCUCAAAUUUGUUUUACUAAAUCCCCAAACUAUCUCAAUACAGUAUCUACGUUAGCAAUAAUACCAAUUUUUAUAAUGGAACAGAAAGAGAUGAAACACUAUAUCAUGAGGCAUACUUUAAAUUUUUAUUAGGUUUUAUAACCUGGAAAUCUUUUCUUUCAAAUUCCUACCCUACUCAUUUCCAACUAGUACCCUGUAAGAAAAUUAAUCUUUAUGGUUGAGUCAGCACCAUUUACUGAGAACUUUCAGGUUUGUCUUAUGUGAAUUUCACAAAGAGCUACCUGACCUUGAAGCCAAUGACCAAAAAAAGGCACCGAUCUCUUUAACAGAUCUUUGCUGAGACAGGUGAGACCACCUGGAUGGAAGUCAGGAUCUUAGGGCCUUUCCAUUCACUCCACACACAAACCCUCCACGUGAAGGAGAAGAAAGGGCAAAAGACUACAUGUCAUGGCGGGUGCCACUUACAGAGUCAUUUGAAUUAGAUCCCAAAAGAAAAACUGUGAUGAAAGCUACUGAA